AUUUCUCAGUACACGGAAGUGCUUUCCGUGUACGUCACGUCGGAAGCGACCUUCAAGCUUGCGAGCCUGCCUUUUUAUAAAGCAUCCACAAAGUGGCUCCAACGGGUUGUGGCAGCUGCCUCAGCCCCCUCACCCCACCCGCCAGAACCGCCGCGUGGGCCCGACGGCGCCCACCGCCAUGCCAUUGCGAACGGGCCUCCCCCGCCUCUCCAGCAGCCAGAGCCAAGUCAGCAGAGAAGCGAGUCCUCCGAGUCGGUCGGGCUUGCCGGCCCCUCAGGCUCCCAGCAUCGCCGGCCCGCGCCUGGGCGUGAGCGGUGUCUGUCAGGAAGGCAGGCAAAACUGGGGCGAGGCUCUGGCGGAGCAGGAAAGGAAUGCGGGUGGGAAGGGAAGAGAGCGAGGCACCAGCAGCGGGCAUGUAGGGGCAGAACCCGCCAGCAUAAGCGAGGGCACGCGGCAGAGGAGGGCGGGCUCUCGCCGUCGGAAGUCCAAGUAGGAGAAAGCGCUCCCUCGGCAGGCACUGACAGACCACGCGGCGGCGGCGGCGGCGGCUCCCACGGCCAGAGCAUCGUGGGCAGACUGAGGCAGCGCCGCUGCUGCUUGGCCCCAUGACGCCCGAGAAGGUGCUGCGGGAGGGGGUGCUGGAGAAGCGCAGCGGGGGACUGCUGCAGCUCUGGAAGAAAAAGCGCUGUCUGCUCAGCGAGAAAGGGCUGCGGCUCUUCGAGGCCAGCAGCCGGGGCUCGACGCGCUGCAAGGAAUUCAGCUUCGCGCACGUCAAGGCUGUCGAGUGCGUGGAGUGGAAGCAGCGGCACAUCUACUUCACCGUGGUGACGGACGGCGGCGCCGAGAUCGACUUCCGCUGCUCCCAGGAGGAGCCCAGCUGGAACGCCGACAUCACCAUGGCGCUGGUGCGCUUCAAGAACCAGCAGGCGGUGCAGAUCGUGCGCGCCAGGCACAGCUGCAGGGCCGCACUUCAACAUGAGGCCGCUCCAGGCACCCAGAUCCUGGUGAAUGGGUCAAAGGAGCCAGACCCUCAGCUCAACAUGGGAAAAGUGGAGGAGCUGAUGACUGUGGCAUCACCUGCCAAUGGACAGAAAGUCAUUUCCAGCUGCAACUGAACACAGGCCAGUUAAUUCUCUUCAGUGGCAUCACUGCUGGAAAACCAAGUGGUGCCAAAAGCAUCCAGCAGAUCCUGGGUCUCAGAUCUAGCUAGAAUGAGCUUUUGUUUCCUGCCAUGUCUUUGCUGUGACACUCACCUGCCUUCACCUCUUGGUAAGGCAUUGACAAGGCCUGCAGCCAAACUGCUGUGGGCUGAUAAAUUGCCUUUGUACCCUCAGUAGCCUUAUCCAGGGUGGUGCACCUCAAUGGACUUCGUAGGCUAGGUUGAAGACACACGAGGCAGCAAGAGUGGUGAAAGAGAAUCAUUCCAUCACUUCAUAGGGUAACAGCCUGGUGCUGGGCAGCAUGCUGGAAGAAACAGAAAACAGAGGAUUGAGGAGAAAGAGCUUAUUUUGCAAGCUGAGCCUGUCGGGUACCAUCUGGCAGCAUCAUGGCACCUCCCUCCUUACCAACUCCAGUGGCUGAACCCAGUGGAUGAAGUGACUGUGAACUUGCUGCUGUGAUAUCUGAGAAGUCACCUGUUGCUGGAAAGAAGUAUGUAGGGCUAGAAGCUGAAAUGGAAUAUGAAUGUUAGCAACUUUAAACAAAAUGAACAGCGCUGGUUGAGGCAGUGGGCCCAUUCUGACCACCUUGUGCUCCAGCUCAGUCAAUCAUAUCAUCAAUGAUCAUAUUGCACUCUUGUAUUGCACAUUUUUUUCCUGUUAACUGUAUCAGAUCUAAUUAUGUAUAAACCUUUAUUAAUAACAUUUCAGGACAAUCAA